AGCGCCUGCCGGGCGGAGGGUCCAGUUCGCGCCGCGCGGGCAAGAGCUGAGGCCAAGGCGGCGCGGCGCACGGGGCCAGCGAAGCCCCGGGGGAGGCGGCAACACCAUGGCCGGGCCCCCGCCGCCGCCCCCGGGCCAGGAGGCACCGCGCUACCAAGAGUGGAUUUUGGACACCAUCGACUCGCUGCGCUCGCGCAAGGCGCGCCCGGACCUGGAGCGCAUCUGCCGCAUGGUGCGCCGGCGGCACGGCCCGGAGCCGGAGCGCACCCGCGCCGAGCUGGAAAAGCUCAUCCAGCAGCGCGCCGUGCUCCGCGUCAGCUACAAGGGAAGCAUCUCCUACCGCAACGCUGCGCGGGUCCAACCGCCUCGGCGAGGCGGAGCGCCCGCCGCCAGCCCGGCGGCCCCGCAGCGGCCGGCCCGCACUUCCCCGCCCAGCGCGCCCGCCGCCACCGCGACGCCCCGGUCCUCCCAGCGUGCAGCGCCUCGCGCAGAGCCAGCCGCGCCGCCGCCGCCGCCUCCUCCGCCGCCACCGCCGCCUCCGCCUCCUCGUCGGACCGGACGGGAGCGACCGCCGCCUCCCCCAGCCCAGGAGGAGCCCUCCCCCGUUAGCCUGCGAGAGAUCGUGCGCUACUUGGGCGGCGACGGCGCCGCGCCGGGGGGCGGCCGGGUGACUCGAGGCCGAGCACAGGGGCUGCUCCAAGAGGAGAGGCUGGAGAGAACCCGCUUGGGUGGCGGCGGCGGCGGCGGCAGCGGCAGCAGCAGCAACAGCGUCGCCUUGCCCAGGGCGGAGAGAGGCGCGCAGGCCCGGGCCCCUAACGCCAGGGCGUACAGGAACAAGAAGGCAGGUGAGGAGGUCAAAGGUGAAGAAGAGGAGGAGGAAGAGGAAGAAGAAGAGGAUGAAGUCUCCACUAUGUCUGAAGGUUCAGAAGUGGCACAAGAUUACGAGGCCAGCAACUACAGCAGACCUGGCGUAGGCCAAGUGAAUGGGGACUGUAAGGACAGCAAGCAUGGUGGGAAAGAGGUCCCACUCAGCAGUGCCCUCCCCAGAGACCUGCGCUCCCUUGAGGAGCAGUCCUUGAGUAAAGGAUCAGAGCGUCCCCACCAUGAAGGAAAUGAGCAAUGUCAUACAAAGGCCUCUUGGCCUGGAGAAAGUGCCUGUCACCAUCUGGGGGGCAGCAAAAAAGAUGCCAGCACCUAUCAGCAGCCAGACAGAGCAGUGUCACCAGCUGUUGCAGGUGCUGAGCCCUCUGUGCCCUCAUCUCCUGGGAGACCUGGCAUCCAGGCAGAUGGGAGACCAUUCAGCUGCACCUCAGUGAAGGAGAAGCCUUCUGACCCAGUGGAAUGGACUGUGAGUGAUGUUGUGGAUUAUUUCACAGAAGCUGGAUUUGCUGAACAAGCAACUGCCUUCCAAGAGCAGGAGAUCGAUGGGAAAUCCCUGCUGCUGAUGCAGCGUACGGAUGUGCUGACCGGCCUAUCUAUCCGCCUGGGACCUGCCCUCAAGAUCUACGAGUAUCACAUCAAGGUGCUGCAGCAGUGCCACUUCGAAGAGGAUGAGGGUGACUCCUUCAUGGGCUGAGCAGAAUGGGCACACCUUGUGAAAAUGGGGGGGGGGGGGGAGAGAGAAUGGGGACUCUGCCAUCCGCUACUGUCUCAGAUAUUUCGGCCUUCCUCUGCCUCCGUGAAAAAAACAAGACAACAGCUGUGCGGGAAUGGCAAGGGCUGUGACCAGAUCUUGUGAGAGGAGGGAGGCAGAAAUGAUGAUCCCAGCUUUGUGGCUUCUCUAUCCCCCGAUGGUCCGGAGGUAUUAAAAAUCGGGCUGGGGGGACGGGGACUGUAAAACCUCUUUCUUCUCCCAUCCUGUCUGUGUUGCCUACCCCAAGCUUUUCACUCGCCAUAGUGCAUUGUUUGUUUUUGGGGAAGAGUGGAGGGAGAUGUGGUUUUGCUCCUCUUCCCAGCCUCAGUUUAAUUGAGAUAAUUUGUGCUUCAGCAUCCCAUCCCCGCCCCGCCCCCCAACUCCCACAGUAGCACUUGAUGGCCCCAACUGCUCCCUCCCUUGUGGCUGUGAUUGGCAAGACAAAGAUAAGAGCCUGUUGGAGGUGUCAAGAGGUUUUAAUCAAAUAUCUUCUUACUCUCUUUUCUGUUUGGGUAGGCUUUUCUUCCGAUUUUCAUGGUCGUUGCCCAGAGUCAACUGCUUUUUAUUAUUAUUAUUAUUAUUAUUUUUCUUUCCCAUUUUUUAAAAAUAUAAAUAUUUAAACUGAAAAAAAAACCCGAUUGGUUUAGUAUUCCCCAACCUGUUAGCCAUCUAGAAGGGGCAAUGGAACAGCUAAAGUGAAUGUGUGUUCAAGGGAUGAAAGUGUGUGUAAGAGAGGUUGAAGUCCUAAGUUCUGUUUUGUGCUCUAGGGGGAUGUAUCACCUGGGGGUGUUGCUAAUCAAACGCUGGAAAGGAGGGACCCGGGAAGAGGUAGAAGGCAUCCUGACAAACCCACAGUGGGAGUAGACCAGCGGUAUUGUGGUUCAACUUUCAGUAUAGUAAUUAACUAGGGUAAAAGUGCAGAGUAAAUAUUGCACAAUCACCAACAAAUCUAACAUGAAAGAACUUAGAAAGGGGCUCUUUGUGGUGGCACAAGAUAUAUAAAAGUAUGGAUAUAUUCAAUAUUGGUGGCUCAGCUAGUGCUGUUAGAUAAGAGCUAUAAAUUAUAUCUGCAGUAUAAAUGUAUUGGAGACAGAAAAACGGGUAGGAGAGGAACUGAUCAAGAGUCUUGUUCUUUGUUAACCUAGGAACGGGCCUCCUUAAUGUUAAAGCAGGCCAAGCCAAUGAAGGUAGAAUGUAACAAGAGGAGGUAGUGGUGAUGCAGUGACCACAGUAACAGUUAGUUCUUUGCACAUGUGCAAGAUCAAAUGAAGGGGGACGACCUACCUAGGGUAGGGCACACAAAAUCUGAGCAUUUGGGGUGAUUUUUGAGAAAACUGUACAUAAUUUGAAUGACUUGUUUGCAUAGGAGACAUCUGUUCCAUAAAUUAAUUGUCAUGGUUUCCUGAAAAGAACUAUAGAAACUGGAAAAGUGCUGAGAAUUCUUUAUCAUAGGAUUUUAGAACAUAUAUUAGAACUUCAUUUCCUAGUUCCUUAUUUGGGAGCCAUGCCAGAUCAGGUUUGAAACUGGUUUAAAUUUGCAAUGUAGACAGGCCAUUCAAGUGGUGCAAUCUGCCCUGAUUAGUUGGGCCCCAGAAACAAAACGAAACAAAAAAACUAUAUGUGGCUAGAGAGAGACACCCUCAUAUGCAUGCGGAAGACACAGUUGGACAGGAGCACAUUUAAUUUAUGUUAUCAAUUUUUUCUUUGGAACCAUGAGGGCUAGAAACUAUUAUUUGAACUUUGAAAGCAGAGGUUCUCAAUGUUGUAGCACAAAAGUGCCUCAGGGGCUUACAUACCGGCUGCAUGUUGCCCCCUAUUGCACUAAGACCCUAUUUUGUUCAGAGCUGGGAAUAAAAAUCAAGUUUUUUUGGGUUCUGACAUGUAUUCUCUUUGUUGGCAACCAGCUGUCCAAAAACGGUGGUAGGAAGUGAUAUUCUGCAGGAACCAGAGCGGGUGACUCAAUAGCGGGAGUGACUCUUAGAAUGGAGCAGUCAAAUUGGGUAGCUCUUUUGAUUCCAUGUCGUUGACCUCAAGCAGGACAGGAGAAGGAAGGGGUAUUAAUCUGCAGUGGAA